CAGCACCGCAACAUCCACAAUCUGAGUCAGUAGAGCACGCACCCAGGACUCCCAUUAUAUACGAUCUGCCGCAGUCGCAGUGUCUUGUCGCCGGAAGAGUGUGAAUGGGGUUCAGCAAGCCCAGUGAGUCAGGGGAAAAGAAACUGGUAAGCGGAGGGAAAUUGGCCAGCGCAACAGAACGGCGCGGGAGCGAGCUGGAUUCCUCAGCCGGUGUCGGCUUUUGUCCGAGCUCGGAGAUGUAACCUCAGGAGGGGGGCCAAACGAAGGGCACGCGACGGAUUAGCGGACAGCGAUGGGAGAGGAAAGAAAUUGGCACGAGAGGGAAAGGACAGGAAGGGAAGCAUUUUUCUUUCUCAUGGACAAACUAGCAGCGGGGGGGUUCUCACGAAAUCCGGCCACCAGGAGGCCCUGGAAGCAUGACAAGUUGGGGAUCGUGGAAGAUCACAAAGGUGCAGCGUCCACAAGAAGACAUGAUCUACCCCGAAGGAAACAAAGAGCUCAAAAUCAGAAUCCGCCAUGCACAGCGAAUCCACUUGGCAGCAGAGAAGCAUUCAUAACUUGCAUUAGUAUAGCUAAUUCAUCUUCGCCUGGCAGGCUGAACAGUAUGCUUGCAAUUCUGGCUUUUCCCAAGCAUUUCAUAGCGCCGUCGAUGCAACUCAAACAGUGCACAUUCGGAUCCCCCCUUAGCCAAUCCGAGGCGCAAAAAUUGGUGUCACUCCAAGCUUCCCCUCAACCCACCGCGCCACAAUAUAUUAACCCACCAAAUCCACCGAGUCCCUUGAUCCGAUGAACAUCCGUUCGGCUAUUCGGCUCCCCCACAGAUCACGGUUAUUAUGUAAGCCUGUCAAGCCUUAACUAACUAGCUACACCUUACGGAGUGAUGAUGGAGACUCGGAGUACACCAUACACGUUAGGUAGGUAUAUCCUCCAAUGUAUUAUUCGCUA